UCCCAGCUCGACGUCACCGAGCAACAGUACCGCGAACGUACUCGUCCUCACGAGCACGACAACGCCGAGAACCGUUUCGGAGCUUCUUACGGAGCCGGAGCCGCUGCUACCGCCGCAGCACCCUACCCCGAGUCGAACCGCGAAGAAGUUCGCUACUCGUCUCGGUCCACCGUCGACGCUCCUCGUCAGCACCGUCUUGACAUGGGAUACUACGACGACGAAGGCCAGUACCACUCCUUCCGCCGCGGAUUGCACCGAGCUGCGGAUCGAGUCCUCCAUCCCUUUGAACACCACCACGACCAUCACCACCGCCACGGCCACGAAGAAAAACGCGAGCGCGUCGUUGUCCCCGACUUCGCACCGCGUCCCACCGCCUACGCACCGCCAGCAAGGAUGCCGUCUAACGCCAUCUCCAUCCCAUGCCACCACAUCCGCAUCGGCGACCUGCUGAUCCUGCAGGGUCGCCCGUGCCAGGUGAUCCGGAUCACCACGUCCAGCCAGACUGGACAGCACCGUUACCUCGGUGUCGAUCUGUUCACCAAGCAGCUUCAUGAGGAGUCGUCCUUCAUCAGCAACCCGGGCCCAUCCGUGGUCGUGCAGAACAUGUAUGGCCCGGUGUUCAAGCAGUACCGUGUCCUUGACAUCCGUGAGGAUGGCCGCGUCGUCGCCAUGACCGAGGGCGGUGACAUCAAGCAGGGUCUGCCGGUGCUUGACCAGAGCGAUCUGUACAACCGUCUGGCUGACGCGUUCGAUAAUGGCCGUGGCAGCCUCCGUGUCUUGGUCAUCAACGACAAUGGUCGCGAGCUCGCCGUUGAUUACAAGGUCGUCCAUGGCUCCCGUCUUUAGGUGUGUUCUGCCUGAAUGCUCUUAUUAUUCCUAUCCACAAGACUAACCUCUCCACAGACAUAUCCGCCCAUCGUGUCUGAAUCUCCGCACAUGUGACGAUAAUAUGAGACUGUCAAUAUACUCCCGUUCUUGUCUUUGAUUUUUCUUUGCUCUUG